CAUCAUUCUAUUUGUUGGUGCACUGUUUAUUGAUGAACAUAAUCUGGUAGAAUAUACAUAUUUUUAACAAUAUGACAGAAAAAGACUUGAAUAACUGGAUGACAGCAAUAAGUGGUGCUGAUAUAAACAUAGAAGACUCACAGAAAGCUUACGGACAAUGGGCUAGUACAUACAACAAGGAUUCAGAAAAAUACAGAUUUAAUAAUUAUCUCAAAAUUGCCGAGAUACUGCAAGGCCUUUAUCCGGAGGACAAGCGAGGAAACACUACAAUUCUGGACAUUGGUGCUGGCACCGGGCUUGUAGCAAAAGAGCUACGGAAACAUGGAUUUCAGCACAUAGACGCAUUGGAGCCAUCAGAAGCCAUGCUAGAUGAGGCGCGUAAGAACAACUUGUAUGAGAAUUACUUUGUUGAGUUUAUCACAGAAUCACCGUCAAGUAUUCCUGCAAACAGUUAUGACGUAUUAACUGGAGGUGGAAUAUAUGCAAAUGAAGCUCACGUGCCUUGUGGCGCCAUACAUGAGAUGAUAAGGCUCGUCAAGUCAGGAGGAUAUGUUGUUAUAGCAGCUAGUCAUGAUCUUGUUAGAGCUAGUGGAAAUUACAAAGAAUUAGAAACGCUGAUGGGAAAACUGGAGACGGAGGGUAAAUGGCAGAAAGUGGUGCGAGAAACUUGGCUAGCAGAAUCAGUUGAAAAUAAAACAGUGGAAAGAAUAGCGUGGUGCUACAAAGUUCUUUGAAAUGUAUUUUGGCGUUAAUUAUGGUUGAUUUUGAAUAUAAAAUUACUGUAUCUACAUGCAUAAUCAAUAUACCAGAAUGUCAUCAGAUUUUUGUAUCUUCCAACAAAAGCACGUUAAUACAGUUGAAAUAGAAAAGAAGAAAAAAGGAAACAAGAGAUCAUACAUGUAUCUUCAACAAGGUUUUUUUGUCAUUAAACUGUGUUGGAAUUUCUAACUGUUCAAACAUGGGGCUACACGCUAAUCCCCUGAUUAUUAUCAGCGUCUACACAGUAUCCCAUAGAAUAAUAAAGUAAAAAAAAUAGUUAUGAAAGCUAACCUGGACCGCUUUCCUGCCUCGGGCAUAUCAUAAAAAUUCACGUGGUAUAGUCACCAUUGCCAUGAUAGAGCCAAAGACCAAGGCUAAUGAUUUUGUGGAUUAAGGUAAUUUACAAUGUACAUCCUUUUAAACCCAUUGCGAAGCGCCACCAAUCAGUGUAAUUAACACAUUAUUAUUAUUAUUAUUAUUAUUAUUAUUAUUAUUAUUAUUAUUUUUAUUAUUAAAAGUAGAUAAUGAUGUUAGAUUUUUUUCCAAUUUGGGAGCAAGACCAGCCCAAGACAUUAACAAUGGGCAAUUAUACAAUGCAUCAAGUAAUAUACAUACAUA